AUGUCUUCGGAGCCAGCAUCAGACGCCGAUGCCGGCAGGAGAAGCCUCAAGAAGCCAUGUUCAUUCAGCAUUGAGGACAUCCUCUCCAGCCCAGCAGAGAAGAGCCCCCAGGUCCUGGUCCCGCUGUGCCUCCGGAGCAUCUUGGACUGUGCACCCAAGGGGCUGUGUGAGCUGGAGACCAUCCCGGCCAGCUCCUUGCAGGAGGAGGAGGAGGACGAGGAGGAGGAAGAGCUGGAAGGGGCAUCCUGCAACUGCUGCUGCUGUUCUCACACCAGCACCCGUUCCCUGCAGGACUCACCGAGUUGGCUGGAUGCCCGGUUCCCCUGGCCCAUGCGGCUCUUCCACUCGGCAGUCAGGGUCUGUAAGAGUCCCCAAGGGAACCCGAGCGAGCUGCAGACUUUCCACCAGAUCCAGCGCCGGACACGCCGACAUCGCACUAUAUUCACCGAGGAUCAGCUGCAGGCCCUGGAGACACUUUUCCAUCAGAACCAGUACCCGGACGUAAUCACCCGUGAGCACCUGGCAAACCGCAUUCAGCUGAAGGAGGAGAGGGUAGAGGUUUGGUUUAAAAAUCGGCGGGCCAAGUGGCGGCAUCAGAAGAGGGCAUCUGCUUCAGCCCUGAUCCUUCAAGGCACCAAGAAGCCCUCUGAGGAGAGCCAUUAG